AUGGCAUGGCGGCGCCGUGACCACAAUGCACCUCUGUCGUUCAAACUUCUCGAACUCGACAGCCAGCUAGAUUUUCUCUGCCGGGAGGAUGUCAAUGUCGUUGUCGACGUCGCUACAACACCCAAGGAACCAGUUGCAUCAUGCGUUUCGGGGUACCGCCCAGACAAGGAUUCGCAGAGCUCUCGCCCUGGCAGCGACUAUGUUCCUUACAACAUCAACGAAAUAGAAGAGGUGCUUACUCGUUGUGAAAGUCAGAAUUGCGGGACUGGGGCUAUCAUUGUUGUCGACUUUCUUAAUAGUUGCGUCUGCUGGGCACAUUUCUCCUUCGAUGUGAUGAAUGUGUUUCAGAAGGGCAAACUAGAACCCAGCGUCAGAUAUAUCAAGCCGCCGAUGAACAUAUCUGAAAGCUACUUGGUCUGGCACACGCCUAUACGCAUGCAUCUAGCUAUCCAUCCUCUAUCGAAAGAAUCUCGUUCAUCGAUGGCCAAUAAUACUUCUAACAGCAGCCCCGUGAACUUGCUGUCGCUUGACGGCGGCGGGAUACGUGGGGUGUCUCAGCUCAUCAUUCUCGAUGAAAUCAUGAAGCGCAUCCAAGCAAAGAAGCAAUUGACUGAGGUACCGAAACCUUGUGAGUAUUUCCACCUCAUGGGAGGUUCUGGUACUGGAGGUCUCAAUGCAAUCAUGCUGGCUGUGGUAUUCAGCCCUGACAACCGUAAACCAUUCUACAAGGAUGAAAAGUUUAAGGCUAGUACCUUGAAAGCAGAGAUUAAGGAGAUUGUCAAGCAUAGCCAUGGGGGGUAUACUGGUGAUGAGAGUUUGCUUGAUCCAAAUGCAGGAAAGGACUCAAUUGGCAAUGUGUUUGUCUGUGCUAAAACUACUGCCAAUCUGGAAUCUCCACAGUGA